CUGGAGUUUGGAAGUUUGUGUUUAGAAUGUAGAGUUGUAAGAUGAAGUUUUUCGAUGAAUGCAAAUAAUAUGUGAAAAGUAGAGAAAAGAGGGGAAAGAUGGAGUUAUUUAAUAAAUAUGCAAACUUUAAUAGUAUUUACUAUUGAAGUUGAAUUGUUUACACCAAUUUAAGAAGUUGGUGGAUCAAAUGUCCCCGUCAUGUUUCUAGAAGCAGUGUUUAAUGCCCUUGUUCUUCAUCUAUUGAAUGGCAAGAACAGACAUAAGUGCUACUUGUUAGGAAGUACUUAUUAAGUGAACUCUAUACCUGCCCAUGUUAAGGUGGGGACCUUCUACUAUGAUCUGUCUUGUGAAUUGAAAAACGAGAAAAAGAUAGAGCUUUAAUGGCAACUUUUAUUUAGGUUGUACAACUAAUUUUGAUGCCCUCUGUAUAUGCAGUUUGAUGAUGCAGUUCACUUGUGGUUGGGUACUUUUUUUUCUCUCUUUGUUUUCUGUUUAGACUUCCUGAUGGCUCAGGGAAGAGGUGAAUGUGGCUCACAAGUGAAGGACGUGCUCCAAAACAAAGAAAUGUUGUCACUCGUCAGAACCAAAUCGGCGGCAAGGAAGAAGAGGACGAUCAUUGUGGGUCUGAACGCUGAGAGUUCCGGUAGAGAGAUUCUGCUGCGAAUGCUAGUGGUGAUUGUCAAAACAGGAGAUAAUGUGGUGGCGGUUCGUGUUUCGGAGCCGAAUGAUAAUUUUGAUCCUAAUACUUUUCAUAUUCAUGAGGAUCUUUGCAAAUCAAAGCAGGUGGAUUUUCAAGUGAGGAUUUGUGAAGGAGAAUCCUAUAUUUCGGAAUUAACUCGUCAAGUUCGUCUCAAUUUUGCCACUGUUCUCGUUCUUGGAACCACCAAUUCAGGUCCCAAAGAUUCAGUUGUUAAGACAUGCUUGAAAGGGCUGCCUCCAACUUGUACCCUUCUAGUAAUGGACAACAAGGGAAAUAUCCAAAUUCAAAUGAAGGGUACUUCGCAAGAAGGCUCCACAAGGCCAAUCUCCAAACCUCCUCCUUCAUCAUCACCAACAAACAAUCCCAAGAACAUCAUCAAUGAAUCAUCAUCUUCUUCUUCCACCCAUCCUUCACUAAACCCAUUGACUGAAUCAUCUUCUUCUUCUUCUUCUUCCUCGCCAUUACCGUCACAACCAGAAGAAUCUCAUAGACCAACUCAUGUCAGCAAGGCUGUUCAAAUUCCCACAUUCGUGUCGGAGAAGCUCCAUCGUCUUGAUUUGAAGCAUUCCAUCAGGCUUUUCACACCCCAAGAGAUUGCUUCCGCAACCAAGAACUUCAGCCCUUUGAUGCUGAUUGGAGAGGGUGCGUGCUUUAAAUUGUAUAGUGCAAAACUUGAAGAUGGGCAGUUUGUAGCUGUGAAAGUCCAAACCAAACAGUUUUCAUCAGACGAUCUACUUCGGGAGAUUGAAAUGUUGUUUAGCUUGAAGCAUGAAAACAUUGUUAAGAUUCUAGGCUGUUGUAACCGGGAGGAGAUUCGAGCGGUAGUGUACAAUCAUCGGUUGAAAGGAAAUUUGAUGCAGAAUUUGAAGAAACUCAAAUGGACUGAUAGAGUGAAAGUUGCAAUCGGGGUCGCGAAGGCAUUGAAGUAUCUUCAUCAUUCUUGUAGUCCUCCAAUCAUUCAUAGAAACAUAAAAUCAUCCAAUAUUCUGCUCUCUGAUCACAGCCAACCACAAUUAUCAAACUUUGGAGAAGCAAUGGUACGUCCAGCAGUUCAAGAGGACUCAACACAAGUUGACAUCGGGAAGUUCAGUUACUUAGCCCCAGAGUACUUGAUGUUUGGAAAAGUAAACGAGAAAGUCGAUGUUUAUUCCUACGGCGUCGUGCUUUUGGAACUCGUCACUGGGAAACAUGCAGUUCAGACAGAGCCGACUAACCGUAGAAGCUUAGUUUUCUGGGCAAGGUCCCUACUAAGCUGUAAUUUGGCAGAACAUUUAAUUGAUCCAUAUUUGAAGGAAGAUUAUAACCAUGAUGUGAUGGAAAUGAUGAUGAUUAUUGCCCGCCUCUGCCUCUUGCACUCAUCAUCGAGACGACCAACAAUGGAAACUGUAAGAAGUUUCUUUCCCUGCACUAAAAUUUCAAUAUGUCAGAGCUAACCUUGUGAUAGAACACAAUGCAGAUAGUGAAGCUAUUUGAAGAACCAGAGUACUUGAAGAAAAUGCAAAGGGGAAAAGAGGAUCUCCUAACUGUGCUAACUCCCAAAGCUGAGAAGGGAUUAUGGAAAAAUGAAGAAUCGGCUCUGCGAGAUACAACCAAAACAGAACAGAACUAUGGAUUUUCUGAUAACUUAAAUGUCACAUGAUUAAGCAAAUUAUGAAUACUAACAUAUGAAUGGUAUGGAUCCACUGUUAGGGAUAAUUCAGUAAGAUAUAAUUCUUUUCUCAUCACUUGGCUUUGUAAAUGUAUCAAACAAGAGAAUUCGACAAAAGUUGUAAACUAUAAAACUCGUGUAUAUUAACAGAUUGCUUAGUUUGAUUGCCAU